AUGUACCUGCGAAAUGCAGGCAGGAGGUCGGGGUUUAUUGUACCACCAUGUAACAAGUUAUUAACCAACACAUUCUUUUCUACACACAAAAUAUCCCACCAGGCACGAAAACAAUCAAGUCAAUUUUUAAUUCGACCAAAGAAGGAGACGAUUGGAAAUCAUGUAUAUACAAAGGUUCCCCAACGUUUAGCCCAUGCGCAAAGAUAUCAACCUUUUGUUCCCCCUUCGCCAGCAUCUUUGGGAAAAGCUGCCCCUCCAAAGCUCUAUCCUCGAUCUAUAAAAUGGGGACGAAGAUUACUAUAUGUCUCGGCGGCGACAGGCAUAGCCUAUCUCAUAGACACCCAAUUGUACGCAUCCUCCAUUACCAGAUCACUGCGAACAUUCGGCCUGGGUAUAUUGGUGGCGAUCGAUUAUAAGCUUAAUUUUAGACCCAAUCCGAUUCUUGGGGGUGACAUUACGGACUUGCAUAGAAGAAACGCUGAGAGGAUGUUCAAUCUUUUACACCAAAAUGGUGGAUUAUACCUGAAAAUCGGACAAGCAAUUGCUAUGCAAAGUGCAGUCUUGCCUCCCGAAUUCCAGAAAAUGUUUGCGAGAAUGUUCGAUGACGCUCCGCAGAAUGAGUGGCACGAUGUAGAGAGGGUUAUCAGGGAAGACUUUGGAGGGAAAAGUCUAGAGGAAGUGUUUGGUGUUAGUUAUACGAAUAAGCCUGGUAGUGGAAUAAUCGAAACAAAAGCCAGAGCUUCAGCGUCUGUUGCGCAAGUUCACUGGGCGAGGUUGGCUGAUGGGAGAGAAGUGGCAAUCAAGGUUCAGAAACGAGAGAUUGCCAGCCAAGUGGGCUGGGAUCUGUGGGCUUUCAAGGUAGUGAUGAAAGUAUACACAUACUGGUUCGACCUUCCCUUGUACAGUCUAGUGCCUUAUAUUACUGAGCGCUUGAUGCUAGAAACGGACUUUGUAAAUGAAGCGAACAACUCAGAACAGAUGGCCGGACUAGUAGCAGGUGAACCACGACUGAACGGUCGUGUUUAUAUUCCCAAGGUAUAUCGUAAUCUGUCCUCAAAACGAGUCAUGACGACAGAAUGGAUCGAGGGUGUACGUCUUUGGGAUAAAGAAGCUUUGACAGCUCCUUGGCGGGGUGGAUAUGGCAAAGGUUCUCCUGGAGCAAAAGGGGCUCCACUUUCAAACCCCUCGCCAAACAUCCUCUCGAGUAACAAUCCCAAACCCGAUCGCAGUGCGGAAUGGAGAGGUCAUAAUGGCAAAGGUGGUCUAGGCCUCAGUUUGAAACAAGUCAUGACUACCAUGGUCGAUCUCUUUUCCGCACAAAUGUUCCUUUGGGGAGUUGUACAUUGCGAUCCUCAUCCAGGGAAUAUUUUUAUCCGAAGACAGCCCAACGGUCAACCAGAACUUGUUCUAAUCGAUCAUGGUCUAUACGUUUCCAUGACUCCAACUUUCCGACAUCAAUACUGUCAAUUCUGGAAAGCCAUCAUGACCUUCGAUAACACCUCGCUUAACGAAAUCACUUCUGCAUGGGGUGUCAAGGCCCCCGAUCUGUUCGCAUCAGCAACUCUCAUGCGUCCAUAUGACGGUGGCGACAACAGUACCAAAGAUCGCAUCACCAAGGAUCUCAAAGGCAAAACAGCCGCAGAGCGUCACUACGAAGUCCAAGAGAGACUCCGUCAAGGUAUCCGAGAUGUCCUUUCUGAAGAAGAAAAUUUCCCACGUGAACUCCUCUUCAUCGGUCGCAAUAUGCGCAUUGUGCAAGGCAAUAAUCAAUUUCUCGGCUCCCCUGUCAACCGCAUCAAGAUGACGGGUUCAUGGGCAUCUCGCAGUCUGGUCGACAGCAAGGACUUGAGUUGGAGAGAGCGAUGGGUUAACGGGUGGAAACAUCUUUUGUUCAGAUUUGUAUUAUUGAGCACCGAUAUGGCUUUUUGGGGAAGUAAAAUUAGACAAUUGCUUGGAUGGGGCGGAGGCAUGGAGGAUGAAAUUGAGAAACAGAUGAGGUUUUUGGCGAAAGAUCAAUUUGGAGUGGAAUUGCAACAUGGUGUGUUUGAUGGAUAG